AUGUCAUCAAAAGUGCCCAUUACAAAAAAGACUAAAAUGUCAGACUUGAUAAACAAUCGAUUGAAGAUCCACACGAUUGAUAAUAGAACCUACACGGGAACUUUACUCUCAUUUGACAAACAUCUCAAUUUAGUAUUAGCUGACACAGAAGAGGCAAGAAUAACGAAAAAGAGUUUGAUGAAUUUACGAUCACAGAGUCAGAAGAAGGCUAACAAAAAAUUACCCAUUGGUUCAGCAUCAACAACUACACCAUUAUUCCCUUCUGAAAUUCCCAAAAGCAACAAGCCUGACUUGGCAAAGAGACAUGUUGGAUUAAUAAUAUUAAGAGGAGAACAAAUUGUAAAUUUCACGAUUGAAAGUGGUGUUUCUAGUGAUGGCACGGCUGGAAUAGCAGCAGUAGCAUCAUCAUCAGCGGCGUCAUCUAGCCGACCUAUGAAACAACCAGUGAGUAAAUUGAAAAAGAUUGCGUAA